ACUAUUUGGGCGGUGCUGUUGGGGUUCGUCGCAAUGCAAUAACAUUCAAUAUGGAGUACAUAGUACUGUGAUUCUUAUAUUUCGGCUACUACAAAUAGAUAAGUAUCCAUUAACUGUCUAGUCAUUCAUCAUUUAGUGAAUCUGUUUCGGAAUUCUUUAGAGCGCGUAGGCUAUGCAUUUGAUGUUCAUAAAUUGAUGCAUUGUUACAUGAGGCGUUGUUCUAAAAGCAAUUUGGUGUGGUGACAGUUAAACUGUUGUAACAUUUAGAUACGUAUUAAUGUAGCAAUAUUUCAAAUGAUAAAUGUUAUCUUUGCAACGAACUCAACAGCGUGUGGUGGCGAUUCUAAUUUGUAUACAAGCCUGGUAGUGGCUAAAGCGCUAUUGAACGUUUUGUAGAAUACUCGGUUACUAGGUGAAAGGUUAGGGACAUCGCUCUCAAAUAGUUCGUCGUCGGGUCGUGUAUGAUCAUAAGUAAGAGACCAGGCCUACGCUCUGUAGGCAACGCUGCAUUAUAUGAUAAAAAAAUUUGCACAGUGCACUUUAACUAGCCUGCCUAAAAUAAGAAAUAAAUCACGGUUCAAACACCAACUAUACAGUAUGUAAUCCUAUAAGCCAUGCUAUAAGGUCGAGGCUACCUCGCAUUUAAUUUGAAUUAAUUACAUAUAUUUACAUUUUCACUGUUGAAAUUAGUCAAGUUAGGUAGUCAUUUACAGUCAAGUUAGUCAUUUUUAUAAGAGAGACUGGUCCAAAAGCACUCUUACCUCUGUCCUCCACUGCCACGUGUAGUACACCCUCUAUCCUUACCCCUCUGCCAUUACAUUUUAACACCAUGCUGUAGGCCUGUCUCGCUCACUUAUCCCACCCUUAUAACCCUUUGAAACUCCUCUCCACUGCUAGGAUGCGCAAUGCAGCGAGUGCCUCUUUGUCUCUGGGAUCGCUGGGUCUGCUGCGUCUCUUCGGGGUCCCCUGGUCCUGGAGCUUAGCAGCAGGCUUCGGGGUCUUUCUGGGCACAGGUGGUUGGAAGUACCUCUACAUCGUAGUCCGUACUGCCAAAAGAGACCUAAAUGGCCUUUACGUGUUGUUACGAGUCAAGAUAGCCUUGUGGCACCACCUACGGCGCAACAGCAAUAUCCCCUCCAUCUUUGCCCAGACGGUGAAGCAGCACCCAAAUAAACCCGCCCUCGUCUACGAUGCCACAGGAGAGACGUGGACCUUCACCCAGCUGGACCUGCUGUCUAACGCUGUGGCCCAAUGGGCUCUGGCCCAGGGCUGGGCCCCGGGGGAUGUGGUGGCCCUCUUCAUGGAGAGCCGGCCCUUGCAGGUGGCCCUCUGGCUGGGCCUGGCCAAGGUGGGGGUGGAGGCAGCACUCAUCAACUUCAACCUGCGGAGGGACGCUCUCCUGCAUUGUGUUGGAGUGUCUGUGUCCAGAGGGAUCGUGUUCGGAGCCGAGCUGGCUGGUGCCAUGUUGGAGGUGAGCUCAUCCCUGAGCCCGUCGAUGGUGCGGUUUUGUACAGGAGAGCUCAGUGUAGACUGUCUGGCCUCCCUGUCUGCCCAGAAUCUGGACUAUAUCCUGGCCUCGGCCCCUACACUGCCCCCUCCUUCCUGCAUCCCACCCAAGAGCUUCAAUGAUCGUCUGUUCUAUAUAUACACCUCAGGCACCACAGGACUCCCGAAAGCUGCCAUAGUGGUGCACAGUCGGUAUUACCGUAUCGCUGCUUUUGGCUACCAUGCUUUCCGCAUGCGCCAGGAUGACAUCAUCUACGACUGCCUUCCCCUCUACCAUUCUGCAGGUAAUAUCAUGGGUGUAGGCCAGUGUCUCAUCAAUGGACUCACUGUGGUGGUGAAGAAGAAAUUCUCAGCCAGUCGCUUCUGGGAAGAUUGCAUCAAGCACAACUGCACUGUGGUGCAGUACAUAGGGGAGAUCUGUCGCUACCUGCUGUCCCAGCCGGUGCGGCCUUCUGAGAAGGGUCACCGGGUUCGCCUGGCGGUGGGGAAUGGGCUGCGCCCUAGCGUCUGGGAGGCCUUCACCGAGCGCUUUGGGGUGGCCCAGGUUGGGGAGUUCUACGGAGCCACUGAAUGCAACUGUAGUAUCGCCAACAUGGAUGGCAAGGUGGGAGCUUGUGGGUUCAACAGCCGCAUCCUGCCCAAUGUGUAUCCAAUCUGCCUCAUGAAAGUGGAUGAGGAGACCACAGAGCUGGUGAGGGACAGGCACGGCCUGUGUGUGCCCUGCCGUCCUGGGGAGCCAGGGCUGCUGGUGGGAAGGAUCAACCAACAGGAUCCGCUACGGAGGUUUGAUGGCUACGCCAACCAGGAUGCCACCAGGAAGAAGAUUGCCAACAAUGUCUUCAAGAAAAAUGACUCGGCAUAUCUGUCAGGGGAUGUGUUGGUGAUGGAUGAGCUAGGCUACAUGUACUUCCGGGACCGCAGUGGAGACACGUUCCGCUGGAGAGGAGAGAACGUCUCCACCACCGAGGUGGAGGGAACACUGAGUGGUCUGCUGGGCCAGGCCGAUGUGGCUGUGUAUGGGGUAUCUGUACCAGAUGUGGAAGGGAAGGCAGGGAUGGCUGCCAUCGCAGACCCAACAGGGACAUUUGACUGUGAUGUGUUCCUGCGAGAGGUCCAACGGGCCCUGCCCCCUUACGCCCGUCCCGUGUUCCUACGCAUCUCCCCACAAGUAGACACCACAGGUACCUUUAAAAUCCAGAAGACCCGGUUGCAGAGGGAGGGAUACGAUCCGCGCUUAUCAACUGAUCAGAUUUACUUUUUGAACUCCAGAGCAGGGCGUUAUGAGGCUGUGAAUGAGGAGCUACACAGUGCUAUAGUGGAGGGUAGAAUGGCUCUAUGAGAUGGACUAUAUUAAGAUGGGUUUACACGACACGUUUAUGAGACUGCUUUGAGCCACAGCUUGUUGUAGCUACGUUAAAUCUAAUCACAUAACUGUUUUCACGAGACACGGUGGUAUGGACAAUCCUCACGACCAAGUGAGGAAUCUUGUAGUGUGUGAGCCCUGUCUGUGCCACAUGGUUUAGUGUGUGAGCCCUGUCUGUGCCACAUGGUUUAGUGUGUGAGCCCUGUCUGUGCCACAUGGUUUAGUGUGUGAGCCCUGUCUGUGCCACAUGGUUUAGUGUGUGAGCCCUGUCUGUGCCACAUGGUUUAGUGUGUGAGCCCUGUCUGUGCCACAUGGUUUAGUGUGUGAGCCCUGUCUGUGCCACAUGGUUUAGUGUGUGAGCCCUGUCUGUGCCACAUGGUUUAGUGUGUGAGCCCUGUCUGUGCCACAUGGUUUAGUGUGUGAGCCCUGUCUGUGCAUACAUGGUUUAGCGUGUGAACCCUGUCUGUGCCACAUGGUUUAGUGUGUGAGCCCUGUCUGUGCCACAUGGUUUAGUGUGUGAGCCCUGUCUGUGCCACAUGGUUUAGUGUGUGAGCCCUGUCUGUGCCACAUGGUUUAGUGUGUGAGCCCUGUCUGUGCCACAUGGUUUAGUGUGUGAACCCGGUCUGUGCCACAUGGUUUAGUGUGUGAGCCCUGUCUGUGCCACAUGGUUUAGUGUGUGAGCCCUGUCUGUGCCACAUGGUUUAGUGUGUGAGCCCUGUCUGUGCCACAUGGUUUAGUGUGUGAACCCUGUCUGUGCCACAUGGUUUAGUGUGUGAGCCCUGUCUGUGCCACAUGGUUUAGUGUGUGAGCCCUGUCUGUGCCACAUGGUUUAGUGUGUGAACCCGGUCUGUGCCACAUGGUUUAGUGUGUGAGCCCUGUCUGUGCCACAUGGUUUAGUGUGUGAGCCCUGUCUGUGCCACAUGGUUUAGUGUGUGAGCCCUGUCUGUGCCACAUGGUUUAGUGUGUGAACCCUAUCUGUGCCACAUGGUUUAGUGUGUGAGCCCGGUCUGUGCCACAUGGUUUAGUGUGUGAACCCUGUCUGUGCCACAUGGUUUAGUGUGUGAACCCUAUCUGUGCCACAUGGUUUAGUGUGUGAGCCCGGUCUGUGCCACAUGGUUUAGUGUGUGAACCCUGUCUGUGCCACAUGGUUUAGUGUGUGAGCCCUGUCUGUGCCACAUGGUUUAGCGUGUGAACCCUAUCUGUGCCACAUGGUUUAGCGUGUGAACCCUAUCUGUGCCACAUGGUUUAGCGUGUGAACCCUAUCUGUGCCACAUGGUUUAGCGUGUGAACCCUAUCUGUGCCACAUGGUUUAGCGUGUGAACCCUAUCUGUGCCACAUGGUUUAGUGUGUGAGCCCUGUCUGUGCCACAUGGUUUAGUGUGUGAGCCCUGUCUGUGCCACAUGGUUUAGUGUGUGAGCCCUGUCUGUGCCACAUGGUUUAGUGUGUGAGCCCUGUCUGUGCCACAUGGUUUAGUGUGUGAGCCCUGUCUGUGCCACAUGGUUUAGUGUGUGAGCCCUGUCUGUGCCACAUGGUUUAGUGUGUGAACCCGGUCUGUGCCACAUGGUUUAGUGUGUGAGCCCUGUCUGUGCCACAUGGUUUAGCGUGUGAACCCUAUCUGUGCCACAUGGUUUAGCGUGUGAACCCUAUCUGUGCCACAUGGUUUAGCGUGUGAACCCUAUCUGUGCCACAUGGUUUAGCGUGUGAACCCUAUCUGUGCCACAUGGUUUAGCGUGUGAGCCCUGUCUGUGCCACAUGGUUUAGUGUGUGAGCCCUGUCUGUGCCACAUGGUUUAGUGUGUGAGCCCUGUCUGUGCCACAUGGUUUAGUGUGUGAACCCUGUCUGUGCCACAUGGUUUAGUGUGUGAACCCUAUCUGUGCCACAUGGUUUAGUGUGUGAGCCCUGUCUGUGCCACAUGGUUUAGUGUGUGAGCCCGGUCUGUGCCACAUGGUUUAGUGUGUGAACCCUGUCUGUGCCACAUGGUUUAGUGUGUGAGCCCUGUCUGUGCCACAUGGUUUAGUGUGUGAGCCCUGUCUGUGCCACAUGGUUUAGUGUGUGAGCCCUGUCUGUGCCACAUGGUUUAGUGUGUGAGCCCUGUCUGUGCCACAUGGUUUAGUGUGUGAACCCGGUCUGUGCCACAUGGUUUAGUGUGUGAGCCCUGUCUGUGCCACAUGGUUUAGUGUGUGAGCCCUGUCUGUGCCACAUGGUUUAGUGUGUGAACCCUGUCUGUGCCACAUGGUUUAGUGUGUGAGCCCUGUCUGUGCCACAUGGUUUAGUGUGUGAGCCCUGUCUGUGCCACAUGGUUUAGUGUGUGAUCCCUGUCUGUGCCACAUGGUUUAGUGUGUGAGCCCUGUCUGUGCCACAUGGUUUAGUGUGUGAACCCUAUCUGUGCCACAUGGUUUAGUGUGUGAGCCCGGUCUGUGCCACAUGGUUUAGUGUGUGAACCCUGUCUGUGCCACAUGGUUUAGUGUGUGAACCCUAUCUGUGCCACAUGGUUUAGUGUGUGAGCCCGGUCUGUGCCACAUGGUUUAGUGUGUGAACCCUGUCUGUGCCACAUGGUUUAGCGUGUGAGCCCUGUCUGUGCCACAUGGUUUAGCGUGUGAACCCUAUCUGUGCCACAUGGUUUAGCGUGUGAACCCUAUCUGUGCCACAUGGUUUAGCGUGUGAACCCUAUCUGUGCCACAUGGUUUAGCGUGUGAACCCUAUCUGUGCCACAUGGUUUAGCGUGUGAGCCCUGUCUGUGCCACAUGGUUUAGUGUGUGAGCCCUGUCUGUGCCACAUGGUUUAGUGUGUGAGCCCUGUCUGUGCCACAUGGUUUAGUGUGUGAGCCCUGUCUGUGCCACAUGGUUUAGUGUGUGAGCCCUGUCUGUGCCACAUGGUUUAGCGUGUGAACCCUGUCUGUGCCACAUGGUUUAGCGUGUGAGCCCUGUCUGUGCCACAUGGUUUAGCGUGUGAGCCCUGUCUGUGCCACAUGGUUUAGUGUGUGAGCCCUGUCUGUGCCACAUUGUUUAGCGUGUGAGCCCUGUCUGUGCCACAUGGUUUAGCGUGUGAGCCCUGUCUGUGCCACAUGGUUUAGCGUGUGAGCCCUGUCUGUGCCACAUGGUUUAGCGUGUGAGCCCUGUCUGUGCCACAUGGUUUAGCGUGUGAGCCCUGUCUGUGCCACAUGGUUUAGCGUGUGAGCCCUGUCUGUGCCACAUGGUUUAGCGUGUGAACCCUGUCUGUGCCACAUGGUUUAGCGUGUGAGCCCUGUCUGUGCCACAUGGUUUAGUGUGUGAGCCCUGUCUGUGCCACAUGGUUUAGUGUGUGAGCCCUGUCUGUGCCACAUGGUUUAGCGUGUGAGCCCGGUCUGUGCCACAUGGUUUAGCGUGUGAGCCCGGUCUGUGCCACAUGGUUUAGUGUGUGAGCCCGGUCUGUGCCACAUGGUUUAGUGUGUGAGCCCGGUCUGUGCCACAUGGUUUAGUGUGUGAGCCCUGUCUGUGCCACAUGGUUUAGUGUGUGAGCCCUGUCUGUGCCACAUGGUUUAGUGUGUGAGCCCUGUCUGUGCCACAUGGUUUAGUGUGUGAGCCCUGUCUGUGCCACAUGGUUUAGUGUGUGAGCCCUGUCUGUGCCACAUGGUUUAGUGUGUGAGCCCUGUCUGUGCCACAUGGUUUAGUGUGUGAGCCCUGUCUGUGCCACAUGGUUUAGUGUGUGAGCCCUGUCUGUGCCACAUGGUUUAGUGUGUGAGCCCUGUCUGUGCCACAUGGUUUAGUGUGUGAGCCCUGUCUGUGCCACAUGGUUUAGUGUGGCACCACUACUUUGGCAAGACAACAAAAUACUACAGGAAAGACGGUCAUUUAGUGCGAGAGGCUCAGCCAUGUUAGGAUCAUGAAAGUCAUGUAGUGCACACCGGCUUUAAGAAAGUGACUGUCAAGGUGUCAGAUACUGGAGACUGAUAUGCUGGAGUGGAAAAGCCUUAUCAUGCCUUUAUAAUGCAUUGUAAGACGUGUCAUAAGCAUGCAUGACCCCUUAUAAUGUCUUAUCAACUCAUAAUGAUCCUGUCUAAACAUCCAGCAAUUUUUUGUCAGUUGAUAUUUUCAUACGUUGUGAAAAAUAACAUAGUAUUAUAAAGGCUCAUCUGUGCUUAGAACACGUUAUAAAGCAGUACACCUGCAGGCUUUAAGUAGUGUUAUUGCUGAAGUCUCCAUGUAUUAGUGUUUCUCCCUGGAUCUAGUCUAGAUCAGGGGACUGAAGGGCUACUGAUCAAUCAAUAGGGAAACCUUAGUACUGUUACAAAACCAUCUUUUAACACUAUCAACAACGUCCAAGGACAAGGUUGGAUGAGGGCUUUUCCCCCUUUUGUAUUUCUUAAUUUGUGUUGUUUCUUAGUUUAGCCAAAUGAAAACGUUCAAGCCUUCAACACUACGAUGCACAUAGAGCAGAGCAAGUUUUCACAUGAAACCAGGAUGUCUGUUAAAAUGACAGCAUUUGUCUGUUUGUUACAAUGAGAGUGUAAAGGCAAUGAGAGCUGGGACUGAACAUACCACAGUCGUUGAGAUACCAGUCUCUUGAAGAUUGUGUUCUAGGCUAUUUGCUCCCAACCUUGUAAUAGUAGUGUGCCACCAUGUAAAGAACAAAAUACUGAACAGGUUUUUAGCAAUAUAUGAGUGUCCAUGUUGGAUGAGGUGUUGCUACCUGUGUGUUAGUAGUAUGAUAGAACAUGCCACAGCUGAACAUGCCUCUUAUUCCUAACACUAACUGUAGGAGUUUCGAUUGCGAGAUUACAUUUAUUUAAUGUAAAACUUAACCCGAUUACGUAACAUGUUUGAAGUAAUGGAUGAUAUGCACUGACUGACCACUCAGGUUCACACACAUUGAUAUUAUGUGCCUUGUGGGAACCCUGUGGAAGCCCUGUGUGUCCUGGAACUAUUGGGGUUUUAUGCUCAACCUGACUAGGGAACUCCAAUACAUAAGAACAUUAUUUAAACAAUAUCUUCAAAAUCUCAAUUAGUCAGCGAUCAUGGUUUCCCUAUUAUUAUGUAAUAAAGCAAUUUCUCAGAGUAAUAUUGUAGAUAGAAAUGAUUGGGAACAUUAUUCUAGGUCUCCAUUUUCAUACAUUUGUUUAGGUGUAACUCAAAAUAAAGGUUUGUAAAAGACA